CAGUUAUCUCAAAUUGUUUUGUCAUUGCGUAGGGAUAGACGAAAUUUUCUUAUCAGUUGAAACUAAAAGUUCGCAGCAGCAGUAGAACAACCACCGUGUUUUGCUCGAAAUCAUGCCUACUCGGACCGGCCUCCUGACCGCAGUACAUCUUGCGAACAUAGCGAAAACAUUGUCGGAAACUCGACAGUUUGCGCUCAACACACUGUACCUACAGUUCCACCCCAAAGUGGCCACCGCUGUGAAAUGUCCCCGUGCUCUCAGUCGGUUCGUAGCAGGCGUGUAUCAAUCAUCCGUCAAUUGGAUUGGUACCGAGGUGGACCUCCGGAUUGUGACCGGAUCACUCCGGUCGAACGGGAGCAGCUUUGAAGCGUUUACACAACGACAACGGCCUACCAAUGUUGAUUAUCUUUUCUACGAUUACGCACUGAGCCCGACCGGUGAGGAAAGUCGGUUUGCAGAGCGCUACCAUGGGGCCAGUGUGGUGGAAUUGGACACGGCUCAUCUUCCGAGUGUAGUAAAACUAUCAGACCUUGAUCCGGAAACACAAACUUACCGCAAUGUUGUGUUGGGUGGAACGUUUGAUCGAAUUCAUGCCGGCCACAAGGUGCUGCUUACGCAGGCGGCCCUUCUCGCUACCGAAAGACUGGUCGUCGGAGUCACUGAUGGGGCAAUGAUCAAAAGUAAAAAACUAUAUGAAUUAAUCCUCCCGGCAAAGGAGCGCAUCCAGCACGUGAAGGAAUUCCUGGAGGACAUAGAUUCAUCGUUGAAAUAUGAAGUGGUCCCCAUACUGGAUCCUUUCGGGCCAACGGCAACCGAUGCCAACAUGGAUUUGAUCGUUGUUAGCACCGAAACUGCCCGCGGUGGCGCAAAGGUUAACGAACUCCGGCAGAAGAAUGGGUUGAAUCAACUGACAGUGCACACGAUCGAACUGCUGGACGAUGAGAGCACCACCGAGGACAAGGAAGACAAAAUAAGCUCCAGCAAUUUACGUAUGGAUCUGCUCGGAAGCCGGCUGAAGCCGCGAAAACCAGCGCCGGAGCAUCUGCCAGCGAAACCGUACGUGAUCGGGCUGACGGGCGGUAUUGGUUCGGGGAAGAGUAAAAUGAUCGAGCGUUUUCAAAAGCUUGGAGCCGGAAUUAUCGACUGCGACAAGAUUGCCCACCAACUUUACGAACCUGGUGAGGAAUGUUAUGCCGAGGUGGUCGACACGUUCGGCAAAAGCAUUCUCAAUCCGGACGGAACGAUAAACCGACGGGAGCUGGGUGGUAUUGUGUUUGCCGAUCGGGAGAAGCUGAACCAACUGAAUGGCAUCAUGUGGACAGCAAUUGGAAAACGGGCCCGUGAGAAUAUACGAGAGAUGUACGAACGAGACGGUAAGGAGGUGGUUGUGAUGGAGGCUGCGGUGUUGCUGCAUGCCGGAUGGCAGGAUCAGUGUCACGAAGUGUGGUCGUGUAUUAUUCCGCGUGAUGAAGCAAUCCGGCGGUUGAUGGAGCGAAAUCAGUUCGACGAGAAAGAGGCGAUUCGACGUGUCGAGGCACAGCCGAACAGCAACGAGGAUCUAGUACGCCAUGCCGACAUUGUUUUCUGCACUAUGUGGAGCUACGAGUACUCGCAGCGACAGGCCGAAAAGGCUUGGAGUAUUGUGCAGAAAGAAUUGAAACUGAAACUGUAAGCUGGUUCCUUUUGUUAUUUGUUAUAUUUUUUUAAAACAUUGAUUGUCGCAGGUAUGGGAAAAUAAAGUAACAUUGGGAAUGGAACAAUGGAA